ACACAGCAUACCCUUCAUCCAAUCAUCCCCGCCUCGUGCUAGGACUCUGCUCCCAUCGAAACCCUACCCCGCGAGGCGCGAGCGAUCGAUCGCGAAUUCCCCAACCGGGAGCUCGGGGAUCGGCCGAUCGAUCGGACGGAAGCCGCGAUGCUGGACCCUCUGCGCCGCGGGCCGGCGUACAAGACGAAGCUGUGCGCGCUAUGGCAGCGCGGCGGCUGCUCCCGCGACACCUGCAGCUUCGCGCACGGCCACGACGAGCUCCGCCGGUUCCCUGCCUCCCGCACCUCCUUCCCGCCCCGCGCCGGGAGAAGAGAUUAUAGAGGUGGCGACUUCAGAGACAGGUUUGAUAGAAGGCGUUCCCCUCGUAGGAGGCAUUCCCCUGAGAGAGAUUCCAGGGGUCAUCGUUCCCUUCAUGACCAAAAGCCAACUUCUCAAGAAAGGGAAUCUAGCUAUUCACGGUCUCCCAUCAGGAAGAGUGAAAGGAGGCAUGAGAAGAAGCCUGAUGAUGGAGAAACCAACUCAUCUAGGAGUUUGAGUGUCUCCAACAAUAACGAUGAUCGAAAAAAGGACAAAUUCUCAAGUGGUGAUGAUAAAGAGGAUCACGGGAAACAGCUGAAACAAAUAAGACAGGAUAUGGAGCUUUUGCAUGAUGAGAAAUCUCAGCUGGAGAUUAUUUUGGAUGAGAAGAAUACUGAAGUGCGCAAGAUUUCUAGCAGAGUAAAUUAUCUUGAUCUGCAACUGAGGAGGGAGAAAGAGGGAUGCCACAGGAUGACCUCAAAAAUGAAAAAGUUCAUUAAAGCUCAUGGUCGCUUUUUGAAAGCACAGGAAGAAUUGAAAAGGUCACAAGCUCGUUUUGAGAGACUAGGUGAUUUGCUUGCUUCAGAUAUUCUGAAGCGUGGAGCUAAUGAAGAAGGCUCCAGUAUCAAUGUUGAUGAAGACCCAAAUGGUCCUUAUGAAAGGAGCCCAAAUGCUGCUGCUGCUAAGAAGAGAUCAAUCCCGUACUCAACAAGUGAAGAAGCAAAAGCCGUGAAGAAAAGAAGAGAGCGAGACUAUGACACGAUAACUAGGCCAGAUAAAUAUAGGUCAGAAGAUACUGUUGCAGAAUUUGAUAAACCAAGCAAGGGAACCGAGCCAACAAAAUCUUUCUAUUUGAAGAAGAAAUUGUGGGAAGAUGAAAAGGAUAAGCUAGGAAAUGUUUUUUCCUCAGCCAACACAGACAAGGUCAAAGAUUCUCCAGUCAAACAUGUUUUGCCCUCCACUGGUAUGGCUGCUCAUGCUGCGGAUGAUCCAAUUGAAGCUGUUGAACUGGAGGAUAGACAUGAUCCAAUAAACGCAUCACUAGAAAAUGAUGCUGAUGAUGAAACUAGGUUGCCAGUUAUGCCCCCGCAGCCACCACCAGUGGUUAAUGCUUACGAGCAGUAUGAGGGGGAUGAUGAGGAAGUGGACGUGGAAUAAGUGGAAUGCCGAGAUGGUAGAUAGACGCCUCCGGUGAUAAAUUGAGCUAUCAGCUCUCUCCCAUGUACAAAAUUCUAUCUAUUUGAUACUGGGAAUUUACCUUAUAUGAAGAAACCUUCUUUGUUGUGACAUCCUUGGUGACAAGCUCAAACUUGGAUACUGUAUAAGUAGUCAGCUUUGUGGAGCUAACUUAUUUCUUGAAUGUGACAAGCACAAACUUGAAUGUGUCA